GCGCCACUCUGUUCUGAGUGAAAAAAGCAAAAAGUUAGAUUUGGGAAUUACUUAAAGGGGAACUCCAUCAAUCUCAAUUUUUUCCAAAAAUAAUUAAAUGGUUAAGAUGUAAACAAAGUCAUUCAGAGUGAUCUGAAGUGAAACACUCCAUUCUAGAGAAACUUGUUGAGUUAGAAUUGCUCACAGUGGUGGUGCUAGGAACCAGACGUCUGAAGAAUUGAAUGCCUCUGAAAACUCUCUCACAGAAAGUUAUUACAUGAAUUACAUGGUUAGUUAUAUGCUGCCUGAUGUUUGACACAUUGUUUUAUGGAGGUUUUGUGAUAAAGCUGUGGCUUAAAAUGUGUUUUAGUCCAUUAUUUAAAUCCAUUCAUGGCGGACGGAUACAUGCAGGGUGCUGUAAGGCAAAAUAGUCCCCAAAGAAAACUUAUUUUUUCAGAUUUAUGACUAUCAUCAGCAUUACAUAUAAAAACUGAGGAGGCGUGAGAAGUUUCUCUACAAUGAACCAUUUCACGUCAAACUACUCUGACUCUGUUUACAUCUCGAGGACUGAAUUAGUUAGAAAUUCUGACUCACCAAAACCUGGUGAAAUGCCCCUUGAGUGCCUUCAUGUUUAUGCCAGUCUGGCUUUAUGCAGUUGCGUCGGCACGUAACAACAUGGAACAGCCCACUAUAACCACGACCGGGGGAUGAGGCUACAUUGAUAUUACUAAAAAUGAUCGAUUUACAGAUUCACCUCCACAAAGUCUACACCAACUGAUGAUACGUCAUGGGCUUUUCCCACUCCAGCACCUCUCCAAAUCUCUGACAAGUGUGUGGUGGAGUGUAACAACAGACUGAGCUGACUGAGUGCAUGAAAAGAAAACAUUUAUGAUGGAAAACAAUUCAAGUCAAGAAGCAGAAGAAAAUCCUUAUCUCUGUUUCCAGAGAACGCCUUCUCUGCGCCGUAAAUGGAGAAAACGCUAUGGAGGCUUGGAUGGCAACAAAUUACUAGAGCCGAAUAAGGAGGAGGACCUGAGAGAGAAUGGCGUAAUGACAGAUGGCCUCCUGGAGAAGAACACAGCCCCUGUGAAGAGUGCAGAAGCUCAGGAGACCAGUCUGUCAGGGAACAUUCCACAUCCUGUGCCAAGAAAUGCCAUGCCGUCUCAGAGGCCUCACAGCUUUGUGGCUCCAAGCUCAACAGGCUUACCAGCUUUUAUCAGCAACGGAGGUACAAAAGCCUCAAUCCCCCAAGCAGAGCAGGAGCGGGCCCUGUCCACCCAGCCCUGGCCCAGCGCCAGCAGGAUGGACGCCCAGCACAGCCAGUCAAAGAGAAAAGUGGCUGCUGACGUGUUGUUCGAUAGCUUUGCCUCCGGAGGGAGAGUCAGCACCAAUCUUUUCUUUGAGACCCUGUGGAGCUCUGGCGUUUUACGUACUGACCCGCGGAUUAAAGACUGUUAUGCACUGAUGAGGAAACUGCAGGAUGCUGAUGGGGCAGUGGACAGGAACACCUUCCAAAGGUGUGUAACAGGCUUCGUGUCUUUCAUCUUGAAGGCCGUGCAAGGCAGAUUUGUCAUUCCAGAUUUCUCCACAUUCACUGAAGAGACCCAAAAGUUGUUUAUCAAAUGUAAACAGCUGUCUUCUGUAAAGGAGAGAGAAGAGGGAAAUGAGGGCAGUGGAAAGUGGGGGGUUUCAGUCUGCACAGUGGAUGGCCAGAGGCUCUCUCUUGGGGACUGGGCAGAGCCAUGUGUUCUAGGAGAGAUCUCUUGGCCUCUGGUUUACGGGCUUGCAGUGGAUCAGCUUGGGGUUGACUAUGUACACAGAUACGUAGGAGUGGAAGAAUAUGCUAAAUAUGAGUCUCCCUUUACUCUGAGCAAGCAAGGUGUCCCUCACAGUCCACUGACUGAGACAGGAGCUAUCAUCAGUGCGUCACUGCUGCAGCAGUUAACAGUGAGGCCUGUUACAGAGGAGGAGGAGAAGUAUGAGUCGGUUCUGAAUAUUGUAAGGAGACUGUGUAACAAGGAACACGCCAAUUUAAACUGUACAAGUUACCAAGGCUUGAGGAAGGACAUCAUUCGUCUACAUGCUCUCUCAUUUUAUCUUCAAGAGAAGAAGUGCUUUCCAGAUAGUGUUGACAUAAAUGCCACACUGGAUCUGCUGUUACAGUGUCUAUCUACAGAAGUCACCUGUGAGUCUGGAGCGGCGUUGGCUGCUUCGUUAGCCAAUGGUGGCCUUUGCCCCAUGUCAGGUGACCAGGUCCUCUCACCAUCCGCAGUUCGGAGUACUCUGUCCAUGAUGCAGGUGGCAGGGAUGAACAAUUAUUCCAGAAUAUUCCAUUUUAAGACAUCUGUGCCUGCCAAAUCCAGCAGCUCUGGUGUGGUGCUGAUAGUCAUCCCUGGAGUGCUGGGCCUCAUGUGCUGGUCACCAGAGUUGGAUGCACAUGGAAAUUCCUGGAGAGGAGUGCAUUUCUGUGAGGAGCUGGUGUCUGCCUUCCAGCUGCACAGUUUUGACAUCCGGACUCCUUUCAGACAGGUGCUGUCCUACAGGCAGUGGAAAGUGGAGUCUGAGGGUUACCAAAUCAUGAACGUCCUCUUGGCUGCUUACCGAGGGGACCUGCACUCCUUAAGGAGGUACUUCCUCUCUGGAGCAGAUGUGAAUGCCGUGGAUUAUGAUGGAAGGUCUGCCCUUCAUGUGGCUGCCUCAGAAGGGCACCUGGAGGUCAUCAAGUUUCUGAUGGAGAACACAGGAGCCAACUGCACACUAAAGGACAGGUGGGGCAACACACCAUUGCAGGAGGCUAUGAGAUGCAAUCAAGGUCCUGCCACACAGCUUCUGAAGAAGUACACAGACUAUGAAGAGAGUUUAUGACAGAGCAGAGAACAAUAACCAGUCUGUGCCAAUGCCUUGUGGUUUGGAACGCAGCUUUAAAGGCCAGUCAUUUACACACUUCAGACCUGUUGCUAUGUAUAAGAGUGUGUGGUGUGGUGAGCCUACUUUUUAUAGAAGAUGAAUAGUACUGCAGCAAGGAUGUCCACUGGUAUCU